AUGAGUUUCGGUCUUCCUUCCGUUAAAGUAAAGGCGGAGCAUGAUGCUAAUGUCUGUAAACCUGUCCACCAAAGCUUGUUUGGAGUGCCAGACCCCAUGGUGGCUGGACUUGGUUCCACUAGGAACAAGUUAGCUGUGGCACAUCCCCUACAAGUUUCAGAAAAAAAUUAUCAUUUGAAUGAAGAGAAAAUGAACAUGGCUAUGCUCAGAAACAUCCAAGGCCUCCAUGCACCAAUGAAACUGUCAAUGGAAAAAAGGUUUACAAAUAAGAUUGGACGUUUGCCAUUCCUGCCAAGUUCCAAUCUUCAGUGUGAUGUUCUUACUGGAAGGUACUUAGAUAUUGGAUUUGAAGAUAUACUUAAUGUACCAGAAUUACGUGAAGUUGCUGGUCAGCCGCAUGCUGUUGUCGAGCGGUCAAUGGGAUUACUGUAA